UGAAAGAAUCAGACGCUAUCCUCUCUUUAUUUCUGUGUCUAUAUAAACACUGAGUCAUCAAACAACUCUUGUUAUUACAGAAAAAAGCCAACGAUCGGUUAUUCCCUCCUUUUAUAAGCUUCUCUCUCUACCUUCACACACACUCUUUAUCUUUGUAAACUUGAGCUUAGUCUUAUUUGUAUGGCCGCCAAUUCGAGCAGUCGAGGGAUCGUGAGCUUAGGGAAGCGAGUCGUCAACGAGAUCCGAGCGCGCGAUUCAACUCAGCUCUCUGCUCUCACUCUCAGGAGGGCUGCUCACGCCUCAGUCUACGACAAGAACCCUGAUGAACAGAUUCAACCCAGCAUUGUGCCAGACGAUGUGAUCCCUCCCCAACCUGACAAGUACUGGGCUCCACACCCUCAAACUGGGGUAUUUGGGCCUGCAGCUGACCAUAGUCAUACCGCAGGUGGAAAGGACGGCUCCUCGCCUGCGGAUAUUGGCGAGGGAGCCUCGGUGCUGGAGCAGAAGGCUUGGUUCCGCCCUACCAGCAUCGAGGACUUGGAGAAGCCUCACCUUCCCUGAGUCUGAGGCAAUUAUUAAUCAACCUUCCUAUUCUAUAAUAUACAGAUAGAUAGUCGGUGAAUCAGUUAGAUAGGGGGUGUUGAAUAUAUAGAUUAAUCAUAUAAAUAAGGGUUAUAGGUAGGCGUGGUGCACGCCCUGCCUAUGCAGUAGCACUUGUAUUUUCUCUUCUGUGUUGUGUGCGCGCGAACUACCAUAUACAGAGAGCAGUGGGUUGAUGUUCAUAUAUCAUAAAUCAGAGAGCUUGAGUUGUUGUUGACUGUAUGUUAUAUUAUUAUAUGCAACUUAAUUAUGUUCCUCCUAGUUAUGCUUAUGGGCCGUGUUUCUACGGUA